AUUUAUGUUUAUAUACUUAAAUAUCAUCUUUUUCUACUCAAAACUGCUGAUGGGUCGACGCCUCUUUUUUUUGUUAAAUUGGCCGAUAUUAUGGUCACACCCCCUACUUUCUCUUUCAACAAAAAAAUAUUUUUUUUGGAAACCAAACAAUCCUUAUAUAUCUUGUCUUUUUUAUCCUCCUAUAUUCUUGCGCGCUUUUCUGUGAUGAAUUUAUUUAUAU